CCCUGCCUGCUCUCCCCUUCCCUCCCCUCCGACAGGCUCGGGCCAUGGGGUUGGGGAGCGUCUUUGGACUCUGCCUGCUCUUAGUCCUCGUCCUCAUCCACGCCCGCGCCUCUCAGCAAAGUAAAGCCAGCCAAGAUGUGGAUGAAUGUGUGGAAGGCACCGACAACUGCCACAUUGAUGCCAUUUGCCAGAACACUCCCCGUUCCUAUAAGUGCAUCUGCAAAUCUGGCUAUAGUGGAGAUGGCAAACACUGCAAAGAUGUGGAUGAGUGUGAGCGGGACGACAAUGCCGGUUGUGUACAUGAGUGUGUUAACAUCCCUGGUAACUACCGAUGCACCUGCUAUGAUGGCUUCCACCUGGCACACGAUGGACAUAACUGUCUGGACCUAGAUGAGUGUGCUGAGGGCAAUGGGGGCUGUCAGCAGAGCUGUAUCAACAUGAUGGGCAGUUAUGAGUGCCUCUGUCGAGACGGCUUCUUCCUCAGUGACAACCAGCACACCUGUAUCCAGAGGCCAGAAGAAGGAAUGAAUUGCAUGAACAAGAACCACGGCUGUGCCCAUAUAUGCCGUGAAACACCCAAAGGGGGUAUUGCCUGUGAAUGCCGCCCAGGUUUUGAGCUUACCAAGAACCAGCGAGACUGCAAAUUGACAUGUAACUAUGGCAAUGGUGGCUGCCAGCAUACGUGUGAUGACACAGAACAAGGACCCAAAUGUGGCUGCCAUGUCAAGUUUGUUCUACACACUGAUGGAAAGACAUGCAUUGGGGAAAGGCGGCUAGAGCAGCACAUCCCCCCCCAGGCCGUUUCUAAUGAGACAUGUGCUGUCAACAACGGUGGAUGUGACAGCAAGUGCCAUGAUGCGGCUACUGGUGUCCACUGCAGCUGCCCCGUGGGCUUCAUGUUACAGUCUGACAGAAAGACUUGCAAAGACAUAGACGAGUGCCGCCUGAACAAUGGGGGCUGUGACCACAUAUGCAGAAACACAGUUGGCAGCUUUGAAUGCAGCUGCAAGAAAGGCUACAAGCUGCUCAUCAAUGAGCGGAGCUGCCAGGAUAUUGAUGAGUGCUCCUUCGACCGAACCUGUGACCACAUCUGUGUCAACACCCCAGGAAGCUUCCAGUGUUUCUGUCACCGAGGCUACCUGCUCUAUGGGCUCACCCAUUGUGGGGAUGUGGACGAAUGCAGCAUUAACCGAGGAGGUUGCCGUUUUGGCUGCAUCAACACCCCUGGGAGCUAUCAGUGCACCUGCCCUUCAGGCCAGGGACGCCUGCACUGGAAUGGCAAGGACUGCACAGAGCUGGUGAAGUGCCAGGGCAGCCUUGGUGCCCCUCGGGCCAUGCUCAGCUGUAGCAGGUCAGGCAAGAAGGACACUUGUGCUCUGACCUGCCCCUCCCGGGCUCGAUUUCUGCCAGAAUCAGAGAACGGCUUCAUGGUAAGCUGCGGCACGCCCAGUCCCCGCUCCUCCCAAUCCAGGAGUGGUAACACCACCAGUACCCACCAUUGCCUUGAAACAGCAGUGCUAUCUGUCAAACAACGAGCUUCCUUCAAGAUUAAAGAUGCCAAGUGUCGCCUGCACCUUCGAAACAAGGGCAAGCUGGAGGAGGCAGGCAGAGUGCCAGCAUCAGGUGGAACUCCCUGUUCCGACUGCCAUGUCACCUUUAUCCACCUGAAGUGUGAUUCAUCCCGUAAAGGGAAAGGACGCCGUGCCCGGACUCCUCCUGGGAAGGAAGUCACCCGUCUCACUUUGGAACUAGAGGCUGAAGUCAAAGCUGAAGAAACCACAGCAAGCUGUGGGCUGCCUUGCCUCCGACAGAGGAUGGAACGGCGGCUGAAAGGGUCACUGAAGAUGCUAAGGAAAUCUAUCAAUCAGGAUCGCUUCCUACUGCGCCUUGCGGGCCUGGAUUAUGAGCUGGCACACAAGCCAGGCCCAGCUGGGGAGCGAGUGGAACAGGCAGAGGCCUGUGUGCCUGGGCAGCAUCGCACUGGGGUCAAGUGUGUCAGCUGCCCGCAGGGAACGUAUUACCACGGCCAGACGGAGCAGUGUGUGCCAUGCCCGCCAGGCACCUUCCAAGAGAGGGAAGGGCAGCUCUCCUGUGACCUGUGCCCUGGGAGUGAUGCCCAUGGGCCCCUCGGAGCCACCAACAUCACCACAUGUGCAGGUCAGUGCCCACCAGGUCAGUACUCAGCAGAUGGGUUCAAACCAUGCCAGCAAUGCCCACGUGGCACCUACCAGCCUGAGUCAGGACGAACACUGUGCUUCCCAUGUGGUGGGGGCCUCACCACCAAGCAUGAAGGGGCUGUCUCCUUCCAAGACUGUGAUACCAAAGUCCAGUGUUCCCCUGGUCACUACUAUAACAUCAGCAUCCAUCGUUGUAUCCGUUGUGCCCUGGGUUCCUACCAACCGGAAUUUCGCCAGAACUUCUGCACCCGCUGCCCAGGAAACACCAGCACUGACUUUGAUGGCUCCACCAGUGUAACCCAGUGUAAAAAUCGCCAGUGUGGUGGGGAGAUAGGUGAGUUCACUGGAUAUAUCGAAUCCCCCAACUAUCCUGGCAACUACCCAGCAGGAGUAGAGUGCACUUGGAACAUCAAUCCACCACCUAAGCGAAAGAUCCUCAUUGUAGUGCCGGAGAUUUUUCUACCCUCCGAAGACGAGUGCGGGGAUGUCCUUGUCAUGCGCAAGAACUCCUCUCCAUCCUCCAUCACCACCUAUGAGACGUGCCAGACCUAUGAGCGGCCCAUUGCCUUCACUGCUCGCUCCCGAAAGCUCUGGAUCAACUUCAAAACAAGUGAAGCCAACAGUGCCAGGGGCUUCCAGAUACCCUAUGUCACCUAUGAUGAGGACUAUGAACAAUUAGUAGAGGACAUUGUGCGAGAUGGUCGGCUCUACGCCUCUGAAAACCACCAAGAGAUUCUGAAGGAUAAGAAGCUCAUCAAGGCCUUCUUUGAAGUGCUAGCCCACCCACAGAACUACUUCAAGUACACAGAGAAGCACAAGGAGAUGUUACCCCGAUCCUUCAUCAAGCUGCUACGCUCCAAAGUUUCCAGCUUCCUUCGACCUUACAAAUAGCCCUCCCCAGCCCCACAGACCCCAGCUUCGAAGCUCCCUGGUUGCCUAACCCUCAUAGCCCAACAGCCCUCAUCUUCUGCCAAGGAACUCUCUUUUUGGGGAAAACAAAUAUUCACUAUGCAGACUACUUACUUUCCCAUUCUGUCCCUCCAUCUCCCUGCCUUUCUCUCUCUGAUUUACCCAUUUUUCCAUUUCCUACAUGCUCCCUGAGUGUUGGAAAAGCCAUUCAGUGCUAGCUCUGUUCCCCCUAAGGGAUGGAAGUAGCAGCCCCACAAACUGAUCUUUUCCCUAACCCAUGCUCUGUGGUCAGGAUCAGUUUGAAAGGGGUGAGGGGGUCCAUGAAGGCAAUUGGUCUUAGGGCAAUUGUGCCCUAGAGGCAAGGCAGGGAAGGUGUAUCUGCCAUUCUCAGGGCUGUGCCCUGACUGUCUAGAGCCAGAAUCCUCCCCUCCUCUCUGAUACAUAUCCCUCAACCCAUGGAAACUCAGGCAGCCCAGGGUCUUACCAAAGAAGUCUUUGGCCUGCAGGCAUUUCCCUAGCACUGGUCCUCUGUGGGGCAUAGUUUGGGCACCACCCUCAACCCCACCCUCCACCACCACCACUGAGACCGGGGUGGAGCAAGCAUCUUGUCAAGAUUGUCCUAGUAUUCCUCCUCCUUGCCCCACAUACUGUGCCUGAGCUUUACCACUCAAGGGCUCACAAUGAUACUCACCACUGAGCUGGUGAUCUCUGAACUAAAUGAUGAGGAACAGACGAGGAAUGGGCAAUUGCCGUGCAGAUCACAUUGCCGUGGCUUCCAGGAGAAAACAUAAAGCUCCACAGAAGAGAAACCAGGUUUUUAAGCAUUGCCAAAAAAGAAAAAAAAAUCUAAAGGACUACACUACAGAAUGACUGAAUACUAACCGCAGACACUAAUCCUUUGCCCCAACCUAUAGCCCCUGGCUCAGCCAUCCUCCCUUAUCCCCAUUCCAGUGCUCCCUGGGGGAGUCCUGCACCACUUCCUAAGUCACAUCCUUAAAGAACCAUGGCUGCUGAUGGGAAACCACCCUGGGCCAUAGCUGGCAGCCCCAGGUAUCUCAAUGGGCUCCACCAAAGAGGGUUCAGCCCUGUGGACUGGAGCUGCCUGCCCCUGGCCCCAGGCCCUGGGCAACGAGAGGAACGUGUGUGCACGUGGAGAGCCUUUUGCCCACCUUGUCCACAUCUAAUAAGUGCAAUCAUUUUGAGUCUUUAUG